AACUCCCCUUUUCGCCGGAGGUAGCGGUUCCUCGGGGUCGGGAUGGAGGCGGCGGUGGCGCGGGGCUCGCUGGGCAGAGCGCUGUCCGGCACCCACCGCCAGGAUCUGCCCGGCUGUAAGGCCGUCAGCGAGGCGCGGGUGCUGGUCAUCAAUACGGGCGGCACCAUCGGCAUGGUGCAGGACGACAAGGGACUUGCUCCUGAGGCCAAUAAAUUAGUAAGCAGCUUGAAGACGAUGCCAAUGCUGCAUGAUGAUGCAUAUGCCCAGGAAACAAAACUGUGCAACCUCCAUGAAUUUCCGGAUGCUACAUUGGUGCUCCCUGUCUCUAAGCAAAACAAAAGAAUUUUCUACACAAUCCUGGAGCUGUCACCACUACUUGAUUCUUCAAACAUGACACCGGAGGACUGGGCCAAAAUUGCAAAGAAACUUGAGGAGCACUAUGAAAAGUAUGAUGGCUUUGUGAUCCUCCAUGGCACUGACACAAUGGCAUACACAGCUUCAGCCUUAUCCUUCAUGUGUGAGAACCUGGGUAAAACUGUUGUUCUGACAGGAUCGCAGGUGCCUAUAUACGAGUUGCAGAAUGACGGCCGAGCCAACCUUCUGGGGGCACUGCUUUUUGCUGGGCAGUUCGUGAUUCCCGAGGUGUGCCUGUAUUUUUAUAAUAAACUGUACAGGGGAAAUAGGGUGACUAAGGUGGAUGCUGGGAGUUUCAAUGCCUUUUCCUCACCUAACCUGCCUCCACUUGCAAAUGCUGAGGUUGAUAUUACAAUAAACUGGGAAACAGUAUGGAGAGCCAAUACCAAAAAGAAAUUUCGAGUUCAUACCAAUAUGAACAGGAACGUGGCGCUUCUGCGAAUAUUCCCAGGAAUAACUGCUGCUGCUGUGAAAGCAUUUCUCCAGCCUCCAAUCGAAGGCAUUGUACUUGAAACUUAUGGAAGUGGCAAUGCCCCAAAUAGCAGAGAAGACUUGCUAGAAGAACUUAAGAGAGCAACUGAACGAAAAGUAGUGAUUCUAAACUGCACCCAGUGCUUGCGAGGGUCUGUUAAAACAGUCUAUGCAACAGGGCAGACUCUCGCUGAUGUUGGAGUAAUUCCUGGGUGUGAUAUGACACCAGAGGCAGCCUUAACUAAACUGUCAUACGCGCUCAGCAAGAGUGAGCUUAGCUGGGAGGAGAAGAGACAGGAGCCGGAUAUCUCCCACCCUCAAACUAUGGCUUUUCCCAAAUCUCCCGACGCGUCAACCGCGCCGAGGAGAAGCCCCGGGCUGCUGGAGAUCGGCGCUCUGUGCUUGGACUCGGACAUCAUCUUCGGCUUCACCAGCCACCUCCUGAGGCGCAAAGCCAAGGUAAGGGCACCUCGCCCGGCCCGGGACGGAACGGGGGGUGGAAGGGGGGAGUUGGGUCGACGGCAAACUUCCAGCGGAGCGAAGUUUGGCGGCUCUGCGGGCUUUCAGCACCACGAACAGUGCGGGCGGCUCCGCGGAGCGGCGCGGAGAAGCGCGGGGGCACCGCCCCCGUCCAACCCGAGAACGUCUCCGAUGGAGCGUUGUGCGGGAGGUACUCGGGCACGCGAAAUACCCGAAACUUUGUUACGGCUCCGGGCAACGGUGCGCGGGUAUCGUAAAGCUGUGUAG